AUGGUUCAAAACGUGGUUCUGGUGUUUCUCCGCAGGCGGCUGAGCCAGAGACCAAACGUGGAGGAGCUGGAGAGUCGGAACAUUCUCAAACAGAGGAAUGACCAGACAGAACAAGAGGAGAGACGAGAGAUUAAACAAAGACUAAAUAGAAAGUUAAACCAGCGGCCAACGGUGGACGAGCUGCGAGACAGAAAAAUUUUAAUCCGUUUUAGUGACUAUGUAGAAGUGGCCAAAGCUCAGGACUAUGACCGGAGAGCAGACAAGCCAUGGACCCGGCUCUCUGCAGCUGAUAAGGCUGCAAUCAGAAAAGAGCUGAAUGAAUUCAAGAGCACGGAAAUGGAAGUGCACGCGUCCAGUAAACAUCUAACCAGGUUCCACCGGCCGUGA